GGCCCGGCCCCCUCUUACACAACACUCCCCAAGGUUCCUCUGAGGGGUUUCUAGCUGGCAGGAUACUGACUCUAGUGCUGCUCUGUGACUGCAUGCUUUCUGGAGUCAUGGCUGCACAGCUGGUUGUCGCUCUCCUGGCUCUCACCUCCCUGUGCGCUGCUGCGCCUCACCUGGACUGUAAAGAGCUGGUGAAGCCUCUGGUACUGGACAACCACAGCCCUAUUUAUGGAAAGUGGGUGCUCCAUGUGGCAUCAUGGGAUGAGCCUGGUUUGAAGCAUGACCUGGUGGCAGUAAACUCAUCAUGGGUGGAACUGUCCUCUUCAUCAGACAGCAGCCUCAUCACCAUCUACUGGGCCGACCGCCUGGGAGACAAAUGCCUUCAGGGUCUAGCCAAUGCCUCGGUCUCUGGAAUGACGAGUCACACCACGUUUGCUAUCAACGGUCACACUUCAUAUCAUGAUGGGAAGUACUAUGAGACCUGCGCUGACUGCCUCCUUUCUGAAGACACCACCCUCCUCCCUGACGGCAAGUCAAAGGGAAGAUACCUUUUCCUUUUCACAAAGACCGGCAAUCUGGAGCAAUCUGAGCUGGACACCUUUAAGAAGCAGGCAGAGUGUCUCAACUUCCUCCCAGAGUACUUCUUUGGAACCACAGAUCUGUGUCCAGAUGCCAGGAAAGCUGCUGCUGCUGAUGAUGAAGAGACCACUGAAGCUGAAGUCCAGCCUCCUGAAAACUAAAGCUGCAUUAAAAGCCAAACACGUUCAGCUAGACCAGCUCUAAAUAGUGUUUUGAUCUGAAUUAUUGAUUUAACAUUGUGUUCUGCAUUAACUUUCCAUCUGUCGUCAGCAAGUUGGAGCAAUGACGAGUUCAUAUCCUGAUGGUUUUUAAGUCAUGUUAGAUAUGUGGUUAGAUAUGAGCAGAAGUCUUAUUGUUGUGUAAUUCCGCCUGCAUGAGUGCUUGAACUUUUGUUGUUAGUUUAGGACAUGUGAGACUUAAGAACUUCUUGGAAUAUUUUGGUAAUGUAAUGGUUGAAAAAUCCAGUGUAAUCAGCAUCUGUAAAUAGUUGUCUGUUUUUAACUGCCUGCCUGAGAUAAAUAAACAGCCUUCAUUCCCCCUGUG